AUGAAGUUGUCGCUCCUGCCUCUCUUGGCGCUCGCGGACUACGGAGACUUGUGCCGGUGCUCGUGUGAUGAGAGUGUGAUCGAGGAGAUUACCAUGGUGAUGCCCACGUCGGCCAGGUGCUCCAUGUGCACUCCCGAAGUCUGUCGACACGUGUUUCUCCGUCAGUGCAAAAACGCCACCAGAGUGAGCACGGAAUGCGUUAAUAGGACAAGUGUGAAGUACCGCCUGACAAUUGAGAUCUAUUAUGCCGCGUUAUUACUGCUCGGAUUCCUAAUAAUAGCUAUUAAUGUGAAGCCAGACUUGGCGUAUCCUUUGAAGGUGAGAGUGGUCCAUGAUCACCUCUGUUCUCGGGCGUUUCGGAACUUCCAGGCGUUGCAGUUCACGAAUGUUUAUGUUUCGGAGAAGUGGAUGGUGGGGGGGGACUUCACUCACGGUAAUAGUGGUGUAGACAGCAGUGACGAUGGCAAGCAGCGCAACAAGGUCAAGGGAGCUGGGCGACGUGUAUUCCGUUACCAGAGUGACUUGUGGAUGUCAUCGGCCCUGGAGCGGUCGGUGUUGUCAGAUAUCAGCAACUACCCGGCGGAGCUACGAGAGGACGUGUGGGCAUCCAUAUAUAGUUACCUGAGGAGCGAAGGACGGCGAUCGGCGGCUGCAGGACGGUUGUCGGGUAAGCACUCGUCGUCAGACUCACCACUGAGCGAGCGGUCAUCGAGUUCGCCGAGCGGUCAUCGGCCGAAAUGUGUGUGCGCCGCCUGUGCGAUGCCGCGACUGAGUUGCUUAUUUGGGUUCGGGGAUGCGCCCGAGGACAUCAAGACGGUCGCGCCUUCGGAUCUGCUGCCACGGUUCUUCUGGUAUCGGCACGAAAUCCUACGGAGCCAUGGGCAGCAGGCAAUUGCGGAAGACGAACGUAAACAGGAGGAACUCGAGGAAGACGAGGAAGACGACGUGAUCGAGGUGGAGGACGACGAAGAACCGACCAGCGCCGUGGCCGACCCCAAACUGCCGGACUUGGCUGCGACAGGUUUGACUCUCCCCUCGGGGUUGACCCCCCAAGGCUUAGCUCCUUCAGGCUUAGCUCCUACAGGCUUAGCUCCUUCAGGCUUAGCUCCUUCAGGCUUAGCUCCUACAGGUUUGGCUGCCGCGACGGGAGAGGGAGAUGCCAAGAUACCCAAGGAGGCGAGCCACUCUGUGGAUCCUGGGGGGUCUGCGGAUCCUGGGGGGUCUGCGGAUCCUGGGGUGUCUGCGGGACCGGGCUUUUCCACAGGGCCGGGGACGUCCUCCGGUCUCGAGAACUCGAACGCGGGUCUAGGGGUUUCAAGUACGGUGCAGCCGGUUGUGGCUUCCCCCGCGGACGCCUCCUCGACAGGCGGUUCGGGCGAAGCCUCAGCGGGCGGUUCGAUGCAGGCCACGGCCGGUGGGUCUGUGGAGGCGGUAGGAGAAGGGUUGGUGGAGGACAUUUCUGAAGAUUUGGUGAAGACGAAAUCGAAGAAGAAAAUAACGGUGGUGCGACAAGUGGUGGAAUCGAACGAGCCUGGGCUACCGAUUAAGACGACUGAGCCACGUGUGGAUUCGUUUUCCAAUGCUUUGCGGGACCUCCAAUUUCGGUUGAACCGACACGGCAUUUUGGCGGACCCGCGUUCCUAUCUGGGUCGGGGCGAAGAGAAGUAUGACCGGACGGACAGUUUGUUCGACGACGAGGAAGACAUUUUGGUUUUGGAUGACAGCAGCAGCGGCAGUGGGGACGAAGAGGACGAGGGGGUUUGGGAAGAGAGUUUGUACACGUCAGGGGAACAUUUGUUCGUAAUGGACGACGAGAGCGAAGAGGAGGCAGGAGACGACGCACAGAGAGACAUUGUUAGAUAUGAGUUCACCAAGCCGACCCAGUUACCGCAUGUCUACACGCCCCGUGGCUGGAGACAGGUCGCCCGCCGGUGCAGAGUCCCUAUGCUCUGUCAAUGCUUUUUACGUUGCCUCGAGUACGUCGUGACGUCGAAGCGCGUCCAGUCGCUUCAAAAAAGCGUCUUCAACAGCUACGAACUUGUCACUGUGGACGCCGAACACCACACAGUCAAACUCAACGCACUGGGUGAAGCAGAAAUGAAGGACGUCAUGCAACUCGUGUGCCACACAAGCUUCAUGUGCUACGUACUCCCCUACAAACAAUCCAUUGUACCCAACGACCACCCACACCCACAUACCGACCACCCACAGGCUGCCGAUCACUCGCACCCUGAACACCAGAUUGGUCGCUCUGACGAAGGCCCACAGGCAACCCCGCCGUCCAUGCAUGUGGAGCCUUCGCAAGCCACGUUGGAUACGAUGGCUCCGGAAGCGGCCGUCCCUUCACACACGAAUGGCUCUGCAGAGAAGUCGGGCUCUGGUGCCGGGAGGCUGGAUGGCGGGAGGCUGGAUGGCGGGAAGCUCGAUGGCGGGAAGCUCGAUGGCGGGAAGCUGGAUGGCGGGAAGCUGGAUGGCGAGAAGCUCGAUGGCGGGAAGCUGGAUGGCGGACAGUCUGUUGGCAAGCUGCCGCUGCCGUAUGACGUAAAACAGUUGCCUAGUUUCUUGAAGUACCUGAAGCCGCCCAUGGACAACACAGAGCUUAACGUUUUUGACCUGGAUGCCAACGGCAGCCUUGCCAGCAGCCUGAGGAACCUCUGUGUCCGUUACAUCUCGCCUUAUUUCCCGCAAGACGACCGCUACUACAACAAGAUGUUGUGGAUCUCAGUUGUUGAGUAUGUAGUAUGCCUAACCGAAUACAGGGAAACCCAGUUCUUGGUAGACGCAAAAAGGCUACUGGAGGGCAAGCAACUUAUCGGAGGCGGCGAUGCAGUCGAUGGGACUCAUGACACCGUGGCCACCAGCUCAAAGAACGUCACCAGCUCAUCCCCACCCCCCUCGAAGAGGGAACCGACGUCCAGUCAGUGGCAAACCUUGUUUGAAUCUCCGGUCACGCUCCUCUACCUCUCGGCGCUCGCAAAAAGAGGGUUUCUGCUUCGCGAAUUAGUAAUGGCAGACCAGCAAGACUACAGCAGUCUCGUUAUCAAGGCCUUGGCGAGCCCCAUCAAUCUGGGGUCUGAAACUUCAAAUGCACCCCUUACGAACGAGCUUUUGAGGAAAUAUGCAUUUGACUGCUUGGUCUGGGUGCUCUCCAGACAGCUGGAUCCUCCGGAUGACUCUGAUCCCGCGGACGGGCCGAGUCAGCAAGGCGGCAUGGCCGUUGAGGAUGAAAGGCCCGAGUUUCGAGCCCUCCUACAGAAGAUUUAUUCUAAAUGGACUAUUCUCCCAGAGAGCACACCCGAGGGUCAACAAACGGGCACGCAGCAAGCAGGCGUUCAGCAAACCACGCUUCUGGAGUUCCUUAAGGAGAAGGACGACCCUAACGCGUCGGGGCUGAAGCGGAAACGAGAUUCAGCGGCUCCGACCGAGCCUGCGGACGCGGAGACGACUGAAAAAAAGAAGCGCACACGUGUGCUCAUUACAGAUAUAUUGCAAACACAUCACAUGCGAGCUAUUGAUUUGCUUCAGGCAUCUCCUUUGGCGUUGCCUAUCCCCUUUGGUGUUGCUAUUCAGUGUAUGAAAGAUCCAGCUCCUGAACAAGGGACUGCAUAUGCCAGCCACGUCUUGAUUGUUUUACUUCAUCGGUUUGACGACAUACAACACAUUGAACUGCAGCUACUGAACUGCGACCCGCCCCUGCCGCAGAGCUGUGUGGAAGAGCUUCUGAAAUAUGAGGAAUCACCUUCCAAGUCUAUUGACAAUUCUUCAAGGACUCCCCUGGUUUCUUCAAAGACUCCAAAUGCUUCUUCGAGAACCCCGGCGUCCUCGAGAGCCGCUAACAACAAAAAGAAGAUUGGUCCGUUUGGUUCCUUACCCCGGUUCACGUGCUUGACCGCGUUCUUGGACCACAUUGGCAGCGUGAAGCGGUUGACUGUGGAAGGACGAUCUCGCUCGUUAGUGUAUGCGGGAUUUGACUCCAAGACAAAGGCGUUCAGUCUGCUUUCGUUCCCACUGUCGUAUCCCGCGCAUCAAGCCCAUACCGAUGACCUGAAGCGGGAGGACUUCGUUUCAUCGGAAGCGUCCAGCGUGAAGGCGAGAAUCUCCAUGCUAGACUUUAUAACGCUGCAUCUUUGGCUUCAGAUGUUCAGCAGCAUACGAUCAGUUGGUACCACUCUUGAUCUAACGGUGGUUUUCUCAAGGGGAAGAUCCAGAGACGAAACCAAGGUACCCCCAUAUCUGACCAAAUCAGUAGCUAACGGUGGAGAUGUCCAAAAGGAGUGGAAGGCCAACCUAGACCGCUUCACCCUCGCCCAGCUUUCUUAUCUAAAGGAGUGGAUUGCACACCUCCGUAGCAUCUUGUCAGUCGCCGAUAAAGUAACAGUUGUCUACAAGAAUUUUGAAUAA